AUCAGGAUCCCACAAUCCGACAUCGGUGGUUUUGCGCAUUUAGUAUCUCAUCAACAAAGUGAAAUUACCGAUAAGAGCAAAUAAUAAUGAUCAAGGCGUUGAUAAUGAGUAAUGAGCAGCUUGGAUUAUCGGCUACACAUCGACUGAUAAACCAACAGUGCGCAUCUAAGAUCCGGAUUAGUUUCACGGUUUUAUGUGCUAAUGUUUUACGUUUUAGUGACUAGUGAUGAAGUAACUGGUGCCAAUACAAUAGCCAUAAGCUGAUAUUGACCCACAGUUAUGUCGGAUCCAAAUCCUGACCCCAAAAGUGCAUGCUUGGACCAACCGAUUGGCAAAGUUAGCAAUGGGGCAAAGCCAGUUGCUUGGGAAGAGAGAGAUUCUGAAGCUCCAAAAAGUGAAGAACCACACGAGAACAGUUCUUCAAACGAGCCAAAUAAUCAGCCGCUCCGAACCCAGUCCGACGACUCCUCUCAGAACCACCUAUCGAAAAGCGAGGAGUUUUUAGGGCAAAUUCCCUCAAACUUGAAGAGGAACUCGAGUGACUCCAGACUCAGCGAACAAGAGCUCAGAAAUGGCCAGUGGCGUUACAGUGACUUGCUGAAACACGACUCUGAAACAGCAAAGGAAAAACCAAUGGCGGACAGUAACCGAGAGGAAGACGCAAAAGACGCACAUGUUGAGGACAGCAAGUUAGUGCAAAGCGAGAGUGAAAAUGCCGAGAAAGAAACGGAAACCCGACUUUCCGAAAGCAGCGACUCCGAGCUGGAGGAAGUGGAGCUGAGGAAGCCGAAGGCGCUGAGUUUAAGGCGGGUGAUUAGUAGAAGCGUGCGAGGCUCCAUCAGAUUGGUAAAAGGCAUGAGGCCCAAGAGCGAGGGUGAAGCCGCAAAUAAAGAAAAAAGUGCUUCGAAUGAAAAGUGCAAGUUUAUGAAGCAGGUUGUGACCGCAGUACAGGAAAGCACUCAACCACCGACGACGCUAUUUUUGCAAUUACCAGCCCCUCUGGUAGUAGAGGAUCCGCCCAGCACUGAUGACGAACGUUUACAUGAGUUAAGAAACCCGAACACCGUAAUCCUUAAUGGGUCAUCGGGAAACUUUGGAAGCGCGGGCCCCCGAUCGGCACCUGCCACGCCUCAGGGGCAGCUCGGUGCCCCUCAAGGGGGGCAACCCGAGGCCCUGGUCAGUCCGUCAAUCCAACGCAGUCCGAGCCAUUCGGUUUUCUCCAAAACUGACAAGACAAAUCUAAAACUCUUAAGUACAAGCACUCCAACCAUGACCGCUCAAGGGCAACUGGCGGAGCCCCCCAGUCCGAAAGCCACCAAAGACCCCAAGGUGCAUACCACAUCCAAGGCGCGGCAGAAGAAGUUUCUUCGCCACUUCCCCAACGUGGAGGAGGAUGAAAAGGUGCUCAAUCACUACUCUUGUGCUCUGAUCGGGGACAUUCUGCUCCAGGGCCAUCUCUACAUUACCAAAAACUACUUCGCCUUCUAUUCGAAUGUCUUCGGGUACGUUACCAAGUUGCUGAUCCCCAUUCUGACUGUGGAAGAAAUUACUAAAGAGAAAACUGCGCGAAUUAUCCCGAACGCGGUCGGAAUCACUACCAGUGAGGACAAGCACAUAUUCGGCAGCUUGAUGUCUCGAGACAGCACUCUGGCUUAUAUGAAGACGGUGUGGGAAAAGGCCAAGAGCGAGGAAACUCUUCCGGAGCCGGAAAUAACCGAACCUGAUCAGGAUUCAUCGGAAUCCGGCGAAAGUGAUAGAGAAUCGCCGGCUCUGGAAUCCAUACCAUCCGGCCCCGAUAUUUUAGCCAGCGCCAAAUUCGACAGAAUGCGGAAAGAGAGCGUACGAAACCAAACUGACGGUUCUUUAUUAGAGAGGAAAGGCUCCAAGGGCUUUGUGCGCACCUUAAAAGACGCUAUCGCGGAAUUUCGCAAACUGCCCAGGCAGAGCCUAAUACUAGUGGCAACGACGCUCCUGCUGAUUUUGCUGUUCCUCUCCGCCGGUGUGCUGUUGUAUAGGAUACACAAAAUUCAGAAUAAAUAUUCCAUAUCGUUGCAAGGGGCUUCGCUCGCCUCCACGUCUGAAGACAUUUAUAGUGAUCUUUUACAUUGGCAAACACAUCUCCAUUCCAGAUCGGCUGAUGCGGUCAAUAAUUUCUUAGAUAAUAAUUUAGAUCAGAUUGCCAAGGUAGGUCAGGCAAUCCCUUGAAGCGCUGUCCGCCCUGCUAGCUGGUCAAAACACCAACGCAGUUCCACCCACUAAAGUGGACAGUGCUGACCUGAAAACUGAGUCAGUUACAGUAAAUCCAGCAGCCGGUAACAGUUAGCAUAGUUAGUUGGACUGCUUUUAAUGUUUCUAAGGGCCUUUGGGAUUGAGAAACUGGAAUUUUCACAUUUUAUCAACACGCAAACUGCUCAAAACUGCGAGUAUUGGAACUCACUUUCGAGAGGAUCGUUGUUUUAGGUCAAAAACUGCUUUCAGUUGAUUUUUAUAUCAGUAUUACACAGAAACUCAUAAUGAAGUGAAAACCAACCACCCGAAAUCGCGUGAAACGAGCUUAAAACGCGAACGAGUAAAAAUGGAUGCUCAAAGGAACUGCAUGUUUUACUCUAGCGAUAUAGAAUUUGCCAAAAAACUAUUGCCAUAAUACAGUUAAAACGAUAUUGUUCUGAAAACAAGGUAGCACAUACCUAGCAACAUUGUUUUUAAAUCUAGUCUAAGGAUGCACCCUCUAUUACACUUAAGAGUUCAGCUCAAGCUCUAUAUCCUUAAGCAGGAUGUACCAUUCUCAAACGAUUCAACUCAACAGCAACAUGCAAUGACCACUGCUCGUGAUAGUAAAAACUAUCCAUAAUCCAGCAGUAUGUGCUGGGUUGUCUUAUGCCAACCCAGCAAAUAGAGCUUGACUAUAGAUAGCUGUGGCAGUUGCUGGCAUUUCCAAGGUUUUCCAUACUCUGAGGAAAAAAAAAGCAUCCAUCAGCAUUGAAAAGGCGUGUGAAAACCUUUCGAAAUGUCUAGACUGCACGAUUUUGGGCCUAAACAAUUGUUUCAUUGCACUUCUUGUUGAUUAGCGGUGUUUAUCAUAAUUUAGACCUAAGAUGGAAUUAAUUUAGUACAAAGUACUGGGUAAGUUUUAAAAUAACGUUAUUUUUCUUUGGCUCGUUUCCAACAAGGCUUUGUUUGCCAUUUUUGAGCAUCAAGGUAGUCGGCCCGUUUUUAAUUUUAGCAAACCAUCUAGAAAAUGUUAACAAUUUUCUAGGUUUUUUCUGUUUUCUCUUGAAUUAAGUCACUUGGAAUGUUGUGGACAAAAACUGUACUUAACUACAGUAGGAUUCCAAAGAUCAACUGCAAACUCAUAUUCCGUAAAUGUUAAUUGUUCUGAUUUUACUAAAGAAAAAUAAAAAAUGCGAACCAAUGAAGGGCAGAAAUAGCGUGAAAGUUUUGCGAAAGAAAGGGAUGGCUUUCGUAUAGAUUGGACUGAUUAGACUUACUGCAAAGGCGAAUAUGUUUCUGGACGUUAUUUAAGAUGGUGAAAGGGUUCUUUAUUCCCCCAUAGUAUGUAUAUUUUGUAUAUUUUUGUAGUUAGAUCUUAUUUAAAGAACCAUCCAACUAUUCGCGUUGGGUUACGUAUAUUGUUUUUAUCUGUUAGAUUUAUUAUUUAUUUGAUGUAUGUGAAUGUUAGAGAAUCCUCUUCUAUUGGCCAUUUCAAAGCACGAAAAAAUCUGAGAUUUUUUUGGAAGAAAGAAGAGGGUUUUUUGUUAAAUCAUUGAGUUUUUUAUCGAUUCUAGCUAAUAGACAACCUGUGAUAUUUUGUUUUUGCUUUUAUGGAUUAUUGAAUAAGAUAGUGGUUCUUGCAAAAGUA